AUGCCCUACACCUGUCGUGAUUGUCAUAAGUCUUUUGUGAAAGAUUGUCUCCAGCUUGAGACCUGCCCAAAAUGUCGAAAGAUUGAGCAGGUCAGCACCAACCCCAAGGAUUCUGACAAGAAGGAUAUUACCUACUAUGAGUCUCGUCCUCAGUGCUUGACCUGUGGGAUAUUUGGUACACAGUGCUUUCUGAAUGCACCACUGGAAGAAAAAGCAAAUCCGGAACUCUGUGAUAAGUGCAGGCGUGACACUGACCAUGUGGAUAAUGCAGAAUCUCUGGGAGCAAACCGUCAAGCUGCUCAUGCUGGACUACAGGGAGCUGCUUUCAGGCAGAGUGUUCCCAUGCCUCAGCAAGGGAUGGCAUCUGGUACUUGGGUACUUGAUGAGCGUGCUCAAAGAAAAACAGCUUUGAAAGCAGGCUUGAACUCAAAGGGUCCAGCCAUGCAAUGCGCCGUAGUUACACUCCUUUCGACGUCUGCGCCCUCUCGGUUGGGUGAGACAUCGACUCAGGAGCGUCAAGUUAGCCGAGGUUCGUCGACCGUCGGUCUGCCAGAAGAUAGUUGUUCGACGGCCGUGACAAUCCAUGAUGGGAAAGCACAAGAAUGGAAUCCAGCCGUCUUUGAUUCCCUAUUUGUGGGCAAUUGGAAAGAGACCCUCAAAGUAAAUUUGGCGAAGGCUCUGGAACUUGGCCAAGCAAUGUGGGAACAGGGAAAAGGGGAAGAGGAGACCGGACUUACUUAUGAUCAAUGCAAUCCCCGUCCAGCGCUGCCCAAUCAAAAGAAUGAGCCAAUUACUCCUCCCGAGGAUUUGCUUCCCCUCAGCUUGCAUGAAUUUUACACGACAUAUUGCAAGGUAAAUCGACUUUACCUUGUGAAGAAGGAUACAGAGCAAACUGGUUUUAUUCGAAUAUUCUUGCUUUUGACCAUAGAUGAGAAAAACACAUACAAACUUCCAGAGCCCACUCAACAAGUGGUCCAUGAACACCUAUCUCAUAGUCCACACCAAUCAGUCACAUCUGCUUCGCGUCUUUCUCGACGUGCAGCUUCUGCCCCUUAUGUCAGAUCCUUGACCAAUACCAGCAACCAUUCAAGUAUUUCAAUGACAACAGGAAGAACCAAGACCAUAGCUACCGGACAAAAUUUGGCACCAAUCAGUAAUCUGUUUGCCGGGUUCCGAGUGUCAACAGCGGCAUUACAGAAUAAUGGUACCCUAAGCCGUAUGGCCAAUUCUAUCUCCCAGUCACAUGGUUCUAUCUUUGAGUCUAUACAGUACAUCAAGACUGUCUUCCAACAUAGGGAUGAUGGAACUUUGUUUGCGGUUCAGAGUGCUCCUGAGACUGGAUUACUUGCCAACACGCCCUUUGAUUAUGGCAGCCACAAACAGGCAUUCGAGCUGAUCUCUGGAGAAAACAGUGGAGAAACUUUCAUGGUGGAGCCUGAUCUUCGUCGUGCGGGAAGCUAUAUCAAGAUCAACAACACUGAUGAGUUCAUUCCUCCAGAUGAAGACGAAAUCAAACUCGAGCAUCAAAGGUUGUAUUGCUUCAUGCAUGCCUUCACACAUUUUGUCUUCCAUCGAUCUGUCUAUGGCGCCAAGACCGUGGAGGCACGAGAGGCAGCAAUGGUAGUCAUUGCUGAUAUUCAAGGGUUCCUUACACCACCUGCGGCUGCGUCCCGGAAACAGAGACACGGAUCUGUAGAUUGUGGACAAUUUCAUCUGUUUGAUCUGGUCACUCAUACUGCUAGGGGCGAUUCAAGCAUGGGAGAUGGAGGUGCUGGGAUGCUCAACAGCUUCAUGAAUGCACAUGUGUGCGGGGACGCCUGCAAACAGCUUGGAUUGGUGACAGCAAAAGGCCAUCAAAAAUCCUUUCCUCGACCACUGAAAUUCGUCCCUUGA